CUAUUAACUCUUUGUAGCCGUUUGUGAUUGGAUUUUUGUAAGUAAGUAUUUUAUAAAACACAUAUUGAUAUUAAAGAAAUACAAUUUCACGGCUAUUUCAUUUUAUGUUCGGUACGGACGUAAAUAUUCAAAACACGUGCCGCGAAUCACGUUUACAAAGGACAAUGAAAUCUUACGACAACUUCAUUAUUAUUGAGUUGUUAUUGGGCUAGACAUCAAAUUAUUAGUACGCUGUAUAAUAUGGGGCUUUUGGAACAAUGAAUAUAACUGUAUUAUCCAUAGUUAUAUUUGUAAUAGCGAGUACGGAAGCUUUAUCCCCCCAAACAGUGGAAGUCGACUAUUCCGAACUUGCAAACGAGGCAGAAAAUAAUAAAAAACAUCUCUUAGAGUUUUUAAAUCAGACUCAAGUACGAGAGCUGUAUAGAACAAAAUAUAAUAUCUUAUUAGAUAAAAUAACAGGCUCCACUCGGCGUAUUGUGUCGGGACAGAACACGUCAAUCACAGCAGUGCCGUGGCAGGUUUCUCUCCGGCAAAAAACUCAAUUUAUUUGUGGAGGUUCGGUCGUUACCGAUAUUUGGAUACUCACAGCUGCACAUUGCUUGGAAAGGUAUAAGACCAAAGACCUCUCAGUACGACUGGGAUCUUCGUGGAGAACACACGGGGGUGAAAUGUAUGAUGUUAAGGAAUCCUACAUUCAUCCUCAAUACGACACCAAACGAGCAAUCAACGACGUUGGAUUAUUAAGACUGUACUCAACUCUCCGAUUCUCGUGGAGAGUCCUGCCUAUUUUACUGGCUGCGAGGGAUAGUAGACUUCCAGCUAACCAAAUGGCAAUCGUCUCUGGAUGGGGCCUUAUGAAAGAAAAGGGACAGAGUGCAAAAUUCUUGCAAUCAGCAAGCAUCAGAACAAUAGUCAUGAAGCUGUGCCGCCAGUCAGGGGUUUACCGCGGAAUUGACCCAGCGAGCAUGUUCUGCGCUGGCUCUUUCACACAACCGUCAGCCGAUGCAUGCCAAGGUGACAGCGGUGGACCCAUAGUAUCAGAAGGGUUACUCAUCGGAGCAGUGUCGUGGGGCAAGGGAUGCGCGCGGGGUAACUUCCCUGGGGUUUAUACAAGGUUGUCUGAUCCUGUCAUUUGGGACUGGAUCAAUGGCCAUUUAACAAGACCUGACACCAAUGUUAAUAUUUAAUGACUACUUAACUUAAAGCUCUAUAUCCCCCAAGUGAGACAGAGGGCAAUUAGCGUAGAAAACCAGCCUGAUUGCUCCUAGGCAAAUGGCUCUUAGUUUCACUCCACGUCGUUCCAGCUUCUUUCGCCUCUGUAAUGAUGCGUCGUUGCCAGGUCUGUUUUGGGCGGCCAUGUUUCCUUUUGCCUUGAGGAUUCCAGUCGAGAGCUUGCUCGGCAUGUGACUGGGAUCCCUUCUGAGCGUAUGGCCCACCCAUUUUCACUUUCGGUGUCUUAUAGACCUGUCAUUUGGCCCCUCUUUCGUGAUGAUUAGAGAUGCUAUUAGGACAGAUAUACCAAGGAUUUAACGAAGAGCUGGAGGAGCUCUUUGUAACUUCAUUGUAUUUUGGCCACGUUUCGUAGCCAUAUAGCAAGCAACACGGUAUUUUUUUAAUUUCAUGACUUAAGGUGACAGUUUAAUAUUUAAUUGUUAUAACUUUUACUGAUUUCUGUUCUUUCAUUUUUUUUUAUUUACGCAUCAAUGCAGAGAGAAAGUCGGUGUUGUAGUCGAACCAAAAACUACACUUUUUUGUAUAAUUUCGUUGUAUUUUUAAGUUAAUUUAUUAAUAUAAUUAAAAUUACCAUACAAACCUACACUUACUAAGUGAGCAUGCUUGCUUACUUAACAUUCGAGUAGUUUAUAAAAAUAAAAUUACGAUGAACGCGAUUGAAAGGAAUAAAAAUGUAUUUUAAUUUGUCUGUUUGUAAAUAGGUUAAUAUUACUUCUUUAUUCGCUUGUCAUAACAUUUGUAAACAAAUAUUUAUUGAGUUAUAGAUUUAAAGAGCUAACAUCUCAGUAAAAGUGGCUAUAACUUAGCAGGAUUACCACAUAACUUUAGUAAUCCCGACGUCGAACGAUUCGUAAUUUCAAGUUCGCAAUAUUAAAAUAAUUAUGGACAUUUUCGUCAUUAGAUGAUGAUGAUUAGUACCGGCUCAGAGUAGCCCUGAAGCUUCAGUUUAAUGAAAUAAAUAUUUGUAUUAAAUUAGUAAUAAUGUAGUAUACACAUUUGUGACCUCUUAUAACGUACGAAUAAGGUUAAGGUAAAGCGAGGUUUUAAUAAAAAUUCAUAAGUC